AUCCCACUUUUCCCCCUUUCCCCUCUUGCGGUCAGCUCUCACCUUCCCCCCGUCGCCUUAAACCCUCUCCACUCCUUCCACUCGUCUGCUGCUCCAUCUUUGACGCGCAUUAAAUUCCCGCGACUCCGAAAUAUCUCACCUCCCUCUCCCGCAGAAUCCCUAGAUUCCUUCCUUAGCUCCUCCUCUCUCUCCUCUCUCUCUCUCUCUCUCUAUAGAAAAUUCCUCAUCUUUGGCGGCGGCGAGAGGCGGUUGCGAGAAAUUUCCGGUCGCGGGUGGUUGCGUCGGGUGUGUAUGUGCGUGGGGUUGGGGUUGGGGUGGGGGAGAUGAAGAUUCAGUGCAACGUGUGCGAGGCGGCGGAGGCGAGCGUCCUCUGCUGCGCCGACGAGGCGGCGCUCUGCUGGGCCUGCGACGAGAAGGUGCACGCCGCCAACAAGCUCGCCAGCAAGCACCAGCGCGUCCCUCUCUCCACCUCCGCUUCCCAGAUGCCCAAGUGCGAUAUCUGCCAGGAGACGGCUGGAUUUUUCUUUUGUCUAGAGGAUCGAGCAUUACUCUGUAGGAAAUGUGAUAUAACCAUACACACAGCGAAUACAUAUGUGUCUGCUCAUCAGAGGUUUCUUCUUACUGGAGUGACAGUGGGUCUUGAACCUACUGAGCCUCAUCCCUCCUCUUCUUCGAUAAAUUCACGGCCUGGGGAAAAGAUCUCUGAAAUGAAAUCAAAGUCUUCUUCUUUGUCAAAUGGAGGCAACCAAUUGCCAUCACAUAAUGAGUACAACGAUAUUCCAUCUGUACACACUGAUGGCGUUGGAAGCUUGAUAAAUGCUAAGUUGCCAUUUUCUGGGGGUUCUGCAGCAUCAAGCAUGCCACAGUGGCACCUAGAUGAACUUCUUGGGUUCAGCGACUUUAACCAAAGUUUCAGCUUCAUGGGCAAUGGAUCGUCUAAGGCAGACAGUGGCAAGCUUGGAGACUCUGAUUGCUCCUCAAUCAUGAGAAGUUCUGAAGAAACAGUUGACGAGUGCUUGGGCCAGGUUCCAGAUGCUUAUUGGGCUGUGCCUCAGAUGUCUUCACCUCCUACAGCUUCAGGUUUAUACUGGCCAAAAAGUGCUCGGCGUCAACUGGAUGCUGCUGUUUAUGUUCCCGAUAUAUCUUCCGCACCAGAGAAUGAUUUCCUGUGUCAAAGAAAUGAUCGCAGCAUAAAACGCCGAAGACAAUCUUAGGCCAUGGGUUCAGCACAAUCAGGUCCUGUAGAGAAAGAAAGAAGAAAAAGGGAGGGGAGGGGGGUGUGGGGUUGGAUUUACUUUUGUGGCGUGCCUUCUUAAACUUAUUUCAGUAGUCUCAUUAUGUCUUAUCGCUGACAGUUUAAAGCUUCCCAACUUCUGUAGUAGGUCAAGUAGAUAUCUCAAGAUGGUAUGACGGACCGAGUAAGGCCGAAGUGAAAUUUCGGGCAAGAACUCAUGGAUAGCAUUAGUUCCAGUUUGCUGUACUGUAAUGACUCAGGUUGUAUGCUGGAGAAAGUAAAUUCAAUCUCAAUAAAUGGUAUUUUCGCCGUUC